AUGAGUCACAAAGAAGUUAGUGAGACCGCACAGCAGGACGUCCAAUCCCGUACACACAAGACCGUGAGUGAAGAAGGACAUCCCGAGAGUCUAGUCAAGCUCAACAUUGGAGGGUACAAGUACGUAACAACCCGAUGUACACUACUCUCCCCGGAUGAAAAGACGUUCUUCUCCGCACUAUUAGAGGGCCGCGUACCCGUGUCCUUGGAUGAUGAAGGGGCGUACUUUAUUGAUCACAAUGGCAAGGAUUUCGGACCCAUACUAGAUUACCUGCGAACUGGCAAACUCCAAAUACCAGCGGACACAAACGUCUCUAGCGUCUAUGACCUUGCAAACUUCUUUCUAGUGCCGCUACCCCCGAUGUCAUCCCGAUUAACCGAUUGCGUCGUAGGCCACCAGGAGAAGCUCAUGACAAUGAUAAAUAGCGCACCAAUUCUGAACAACUUGAAGUGCGACCGCGUACUUGUGCUGCCAUACAGUGAGAUCACGGCCGUAUCGCUGGCAUGCUCGCUCUUGACUCAGAGUCAAUUUCUUGGUACUGCUUUCACACACGUCGAUAUGACGGAUGUCAGAUUCGAGAGAUGUGACCUGCGAAAUUGCACUUUCAAGCACUGCACCUUCGAUAGAGGUCACUUCCUAGGAUGCAUAUUUUCUGGUUCUCAAUUCAUCGAUUGCACGUUUAAAGGGGCUGUUAUUCGGAAUAUAUCAGAUGCAGCACACCGUUCGGUCACCCCGACUCCAGGAACUAGCUAUGCUUGGCCUACGCACGAAACAGAUAUGCGCAAUGCUGUCAUAAACGGAUGCAACUUCCUGGAAGCUAGACUCAAAAGGGUCAACCUAUCCGGCUCGCUAAUGGAGGACACCUCAUUCGCCAAGGCAGACAUGCAGCACGUAGAUCUGCGCAGUGUGAGGCUGUUUAAUGUCGGAUUUGAUCUGGUACAGAUGGCCCAUACAUCAUUCGAUGGGUCUCAUCUCAUACACGUUCGAUUCAUCGGUGCAAGACUGGGCGGCGAGAUCGACGCGGAAAGCAACCCCUUUCUGUCACCAGUACUUGAACUGCAUCAACGGGCAAGCUUCGAUAAUGUGACAUUCAACAACUCACUAAUGAACUGUGUAAAUUUCUACCACACAAGUUUCUAUAUAGACCACGAGAAAUUCUUCGAAAAGACCUUUAACAACGCAUCAGUCAAGAACAUCCUGUGCCACUCGGUACUCAACCACUGGUCCCCAGACAGAAGGUCAGAGAAGAGAGAUUUCGGAAUCAACACCAAUCGCAUGCGGAUGGCCUUCUUGCGUUCGUUGGCUCUUCAUUCUCAUCACAUGGCUUCCACGCUAGAUCAUCCUGUGAAUAGUUGCCCCGCUUUACGAGAAGAUAGCUGUGCGACACACGAGGACAUAGCCACUAUACAAAUCGCGGAAGAUUUGAAUGGACUACGCAUGUAGUAUUAAACUUUGUCUACAAUCUGCGUGACUAUAUAGGGCAGG